AUGGACAGUUCAGUGAAUGAGAACCAAAGACCGUCAAAUUCGUAUAACGGAGACCUGAAUGGACUGCUGGUGCCUGACCCCAUCGUGGCCGGAGAUGGACCUUCUUUGGCUAAGCCAGUGCAUCGCAGCAUUUCUCUGGGAGCCCUGCAGGAGAAGCAAGUCAUCUGCCUUUCCGGUGAUGACAGCUCCACUUGUGUAGUGAUUUCAGCAAAAGAUGUGGAGGUAGUGGCCAGCAGUGAUUCCAGCAUCACCAGUAAGGCCAGAGGGAGUAACAAGGUGAAAAUACAGCCUGUUGCUAGAUAUGACUGGGAGCAGAAAUACUAUUAUGGCAAUCUGAUAGCUGUUUCAAACUCUUACCUGGCUUAUGCCAUUAGAGCUGCCAGUAACGGCUCCGCUAUGGUGCGGGUGUUGAGCGUCAGCACUGCUGAGCGGACCUUGCUGAAAGGAUUCACAGGCGGUGUGGCAGACCUGGCUUUUGCUCAUCUCAACUCCAACCAGCUGGCGUGCCUGGAUGAGGCCGGCAACCUUUUUGUCUGGCGCCUGGCCAUGGAUAAAGAAAAAAUCCAAGAGGAGAUCUUGGUUAACAUCAAGCGACCUGACAAUACCCCGUUGAACACCUCUCGAAGAAUCAUCUGGUGCCCUUUCAUCCCAGAUGAUAACGAGGAGAGCGGUGAAGAAGGAAGUCAGACAUUGGCGUUGUUGCACGAGGACAGGGCAGAGGUGUGGGAUUUGGACAUUAUCCGAGCGAACAACAGCUCCUGGCCGGUGGAAGUGCCUAGCAUCAAAGAAGGCUUCAUCGUAGUGAAAGGCCACAGCACGUGCCUGAGCGAGGGAGCACUUUCUCCAGAUGGAACUGUGUUGGCCACAGCAAGCCAUGAUGGUUUUGUCAAAUUCUGGCAGAUCUAUAUUGAGGGGCAAGACGAGCCAAGGUGUCUUCAUGAGUGGAAACCCCAUGAUGGUAGGCCUCUUUCCUGCCUGCUCUUCUGUGACAACCAUAAAAAACAAGACCCAGAGGUUCCCUUCUGGAGAUUUCUCAUCACAGGAGCAGAUCAGAAUAGAGAACUGAAGAUGUGGUGCACUGUGUCUUGGACGUGUCUGCAAACUGUCCGAUUUUCUCCUGACAUCUUCAGCUCCAUGAGUAUUCUUCCCAGCCUGAAAGUCUGCCUGGACCUCUCCGCUGAAUAUCUGAUACUGAGCGAUGUGCAGAGAAAAGUCUUGUAUGUGAUGGAGCUGAUGCAGAACCAAGAGGAGGGCAAAGCUUACUUCAGCUCCAUCUCCGAGUUCCUCCUUACCCACCCAGUCCUAAGCUUUGGCAUCCAGGCAGUGAGCCGCUGCCGGUUAAGGCACACUGAAGUGCUCCCAGCAGAAGAGGAAAAUGACAACUUGAGUGUAGAGGGUGCUCAGGGAGCUGGGGCUGUUGAAUCAGCAGCAGGUGUGCUGAUAAAACUCUUCUGUGUGCACACCAAGGCCCUACAGGAUGUGCAGAUUAGAUUCCAGCCUCUUCAUAGUCCUGACAUGAGUGCAUCCAUGCCUUCCCAUGGCUCUCAUGAAGAAUUUGCCUUUCCAGACCACAUGGCUGAUCUAAGCACAGAAGGGCUGGGAUCCGAAAAAGGAUCGGUGCAUGGCUCUCAACCAGACCUGCGGCGUAUUGCUGAUCUGCCUGUACCAGCAGACUUCCUUUCUCUCUCAAAUGAUGCCAAACCUAAGCUGAUGACUCCGGAUGCGUUCAUGACACCAAGUACAUCUCUUCAACAGAUCGCUGUAUCUCCAGGCAGCAGCGUCAGUUCCCUGACUGCAGUCACAGCCAUGAGUAGCACUUCUGUCACGGAUGCCUCUAUGCCCAGGCCAUCGGAAGACUUGACUGUGAGCCCCAAGAUGCAGCUGGACACCAGCCUCACGCUGAGCAGCAGUAGCAGCAGUCUCCAGACUAGUCCUAGGAGCCAUUCAGUCCUUAUCCCAGGCCUCCCUGACAAGCUAACACCAAAGGCAGCUGUUGCAGUCACGCCAGGAAACCCCUCUCUAGCACUGGAACUGCAGGAGGUGGAGCCCUUGGUGGUGCCCCAGGCUUCUCCCACCCGCGAGCGCUCGCCAGACGUCAUUUCCUCUGCUUCCACAGCCAUGUCCCAAGAUAUCCCAGAGAUUGCUUCCGAGACCUUGCAACGCAGCUUUGCGGCAGCUCCGUCUGGGCUCCCCGCGGAGGUGCUGGAGCCCAGUCAUCAUGCAGACAGUAUGGCAUCCGCUGCCUCAGCCUUGCAUUUGCUGUCUCCGAGGAAUCGGCACAAUUCAGAGCACAGCCACCACUCUUUGGACAUGCCUCCAGUGGAGGUGGACAGACUGAAUGCUCCGUCAUUACUGGAGACUGCUUUAACUCAGGAAAAUGCAUCUUCUGACAGUGUUGUGAGUCAGCCGUGGCCAGCAGCUCCUGACAUAACGAGAGAAACCAGGAACAGCAUGGCAGACAGCCCAAGGGAUGAGGUUGAAGAAAAGCACAAGAGCUCUUCCUAUCAUCGCCACAGCUACCACCUGCUGCAGCAUGACAGCCAGGAUGCUAGUGCAGAACAAAGUGACCAUGAUGAUGAAGUUGCAAGCUUGGCUUCUACAUCAGGUGGAUUUGGUGCCAAAGCGUCUACGCAGAGGCUGCCUGUGAAGGACUGGAAAGCCAAGGCAUCCCCUCGGGCUUCCCCAAAGCUAAAGCGGAAGGGCAAGAAAGAUGACGGGGAUGUGAACCAGUCGCCAAGAUCAUCUAACAACCAGGUGACACCAGAGUUCCAGGAUGAGCUGAUGUGCAUAUUGAGGAGCCAACAGCGGGAGCUCUCUGAGCUGCGUCAGAACCAGAUGGAGCUGCUGCAGAGACUCACGGAUCACCUUGAUGCCAUUCAGAGCUCCCUUAUGGGCCAUGUGGAGAGGGUGAUUGACUCCCAGCAGGAACAGGAGCAAAGAAGACUAGACCGAGCGCUGACGGAAGGACAGCAGCGCAAUGGGCAGCUCCAGGAGCAUCUGUCUCAGCAGCUCUCUCAGUCCCUUUCCACUGCUGUGUGUAACCGUCUGGAGAGGACCAUUCGUGAGGAGAUGAAGAAGACUGUACCCCAGUGCAUUUCCAAGAGCAUGGACCCUAUUGCUGGCCAGCUAAGUAACACUAUUGCCGCCAAGCUCACUGCUGUUGAGGGGACACUGAAAGAGAGUAUCACCAAGCUGGUGAAAUCAAAGAACCUUACAGAUACUGUUGUGAGGGCAACGGCCGACACCCUGCAGGGGCCGAUCCAGUCAGGGGAAGCGUUUCAGGCCGUCGUGUUGCCACCCUUCGAGAAGACCUGCCAGUCCAUGUUCCAGCAAAUCAACGACACCUUCAAGCAGGGCACACAGGAAUAUAUCCAGCAGCUUGAGACUCACUUGAAGAACAAGAAGGUACGAGAACAGGAGGCCCGGGACCCGCUGCUGAAUCAGCUUCGACAGCUCAUCAGCACCUUCCAGAGCACCACCGAGCAGCUGGCUUCCACUGUCGCAGCCAGCGUCCACGCUGAGGUGCAGCAUCAGCUGCAUAUUAUCGUGAGCAACAUGCAGGAGUCUAUUUUGGCCCAGGUGCAGAGAGUCAUUAAAGGAGAAGUGAGCCUGGCUAUGAAGGAGCAGCAAGCAGCUGUCACCUCGAGCAUCGUCCAGGCAAUGCGCUCGGCGGCCGGGACUCCGAUCCCCUCUGCUCACUUGGAUUUCCAGUCUCAGCAAACUCACAUCCUUCAGCUGCUUCAGCAGGGACAACUCAACCAAGCUUUCCAGCAGGCUCUAACAGCAGCUGAUCUCAACCUGGUCCUGUAUGUCUGUGAGACUGUGGAUACUCAGCAAGUAUUCGGACAGCAUCCAUGCCCGCUGUCCCAGCCUGUGCUGCUCUCUCUCAUUCAGCAGCUCUCCUCGGAUUUGGGUACUCGUACAGAACUGAAGUUGAAUUACUUGGAGGAAGCGGUGAUGCACCUGGACCACAGCGACCCCAUCACCCGAGACCACAUGGGGUCAGUCAUGAACCAGGUGCGGCAGAAGCUCUUCCAGUUCAUCCAGGUGGAACCCUGCAACACGCUGGGCAAGCCUGCCCGUCGCCUCAUGAUCAUGCUCCAGGGCCUGGUCACCCCCGGCAUGACCUAGGAGGACCUGGCUUAUCUUGUGGGCUGCUCCAUGGAAGCCCACCCAGCAGAUCCAGUAGUUACUAACCACGUACGGCUUGCGUUAAGAGCUCUUGCCAGGAAACCUAUCAACAUGUGUGUGAUGUCUCUAAGGCAAACGCCACCUGUGUAUAGUCCCAAAUAGUCACUGAACGCUC